GAGAGAGAGAGAGAGAGAGAGAGAGAGAGUGUGUGUGUGUGUGUGUGUGAGUGAGAGAGCGAGAGAAGAAGAGUGCGGGGAGAGCUCCAUCCACAGCCUCAGUACGCCGGACCGUCCUCCUCCACCAGGUCUGUGGUCCCCCUUCGGGUUUCAUCGGCUGGCGGAUACAACAUGGAGACGAUUUGAGACGCACCGCGCCGAGCAGUCAGCAGUUUCACUUGCUUUAAAAAAGAUACAAAAGGACGUAUUCUCUCGGCUGAAGUCAGAAUAAUGAUGGAGUACUGGAGGCAAUGCGCGCUGUGGCUGAUCAACUGCAAGGUGCUGCCCGCUAACCACCGAGUGACAUGGGAGUCUGCGCAGGUAUUUGACUUGGCCCAGACCCUCCGGGAUGGAGUCCUCCUCUGCCAUCUGCUCAACAACCUGCGGCCCCAGUCCAUCAACCUGAAGGAAAUCAACCUCCGACCGCAGAUGUCACAGUUCCUGUGCCUGAAGAACAUCAGGACGUUCCUGGCGGCGUGCAGCGACGUAUUCGGCAUGAAGAAAAGCGAGCUGUUCGAGGCCUUUGACCUGUUCGACGUCAGGGACUUCGGAAAGGUUAUGGACACACUCUCUAAACUUUCCCACACGGCGAUCGCACAACAAACUGGAAUCAGGCCCUAUCCAUCUGAAGAGAGUGUCGAAGAUGAGGACAUCUACAACCACCUGGAGGACCUUAUAGACGAGAACGGGGUGGAGGAUGAGGAGGAUCUGUAUGACUGCGUGUAUGACGACGAAGAUGGAGGGGAGAUCUACGAGGACCUGAUGAAGACGGAAGCCGUCCCUCCUCCGGCGUUCCAGAAGCAAGCAGAGACUGACAUCAGGAGUUGCUGUUUAACAGAGAUCAAGCAGACAGAGGAGAAAUACACAGAGACCCUGGAGUCUAUCGAGAAGCACUUUAUGACGCCCCUCACCAUGUUUCUGUCCAUGGCCGAGAUGGAAAAGGUGUUUGUGAAUAUCCCGGACCUGGUUAAAGUUCACAAAUGUUUACUGGUGGAAAUCCAAGAAUCAGUCCACCACAGAAGUGCCCACAACCUCUACCAGAUCUUCACCACUUUCAAAGAGAGGUUGCUGAUCUAUGGGAAGUACUGCAGCCAUGUGGAAACGGCCAUCGCCGGUCUGGACGACAUCUGCAAAGACAGGGAGGAUGUACGCAUGAAGCUCGAGGAAUGUUCAAAGAGAGCUAACUACGGCAAGUUCACACUGAGGGAUCUGCUCGUGGUUCCUAUGCAGCGAGUCUUGAAGUAUCACCUCCUCCUGCAGGAGCUGGUGAAACACACUCACGAUGCCACAGACAAGAGUAAUCUGCGAACGGCGUUGGAUGCCAUGAAGGACUUGGCUCAGUACGUCAACGAAGUCAAGCGAGACAAUGAGACAAUGCGAGAAAUAGAUCAGUAUCAGAAAUCCAUCGAAAACCUGAAUCAGCCUCUGAGUAACUACGGGAGGCCAAAAGGUGAUGGCGAGGUACGGGUGACCUCGGUGGACAAACGAGCUAAACAGGACAGGCACAUCUUCCUGUUCGAUGCCGCCGUGAUCGUUUGUAAGCGGCGAGGGGACAUCUACGAGAUGAGAGAAGUGAUCGACCUGCACCUGUUCAAGAUCACUAACAACCCCACAUCCGACAAGGAGAAUCGGAAGUGGUCCUACGGAUUCUACCUCACCCAUAACCAGGGCCAGACCGGCUUUGAAUUCUUCUUCAAGACCAAAGAGCUGAAAAAGAAGUGGCUGGAGCAGUUUGGCAUGGCCAUAUCCAACAUUCGUCCAGAGAACGCAACUAACAACCUCCACGAGUUUAAUAUGCACACCUUUGAAAGGAUCACCUCCUGCAACUCUUGCCACAUGCUGCUGAGGGGCAUCUUUAACCAGGGCUACCUGUGCUCCAAGUGUGGUUUAGGUGCCCAUAAAGAAUGCCUGGCCCGCUUUGGCAGCUGUGGAAAAACAGGUGUGUGUCUUGGGGGUGUAACCUGUCCCUCAGGGGAGCCAAUGAAAGAAACCGGUGGAGCAAAAAUCUCAGAUCCUGGCUCCGUCAGAACUCAGGGCAAAGAUCGAGAUGCAGGUCGGCCCAAGAUGCUGGUAAUCAGGAACUACUUUGGUGUGCCGAGCCCAGCGUCUGGUCCAGCGCUCAGCAUCCAGACGGGUGACAUCAUCGAAAUAAUCUGCGCCGACCUUCACAGCCCCUGGUGGCAGGGCAAGAUCCUGGCCACGAAAGACGUUGGUUUCUUUCCAAGCGACGCCGUGAAGCCGUGCCCAUGUGUUCCAAAGCCCGUCGAUUACUCCUCUCAAGCCUGGUUUGCGGGGCCCAUGGAGAGGCUGCAGGCAGAGGCAGAGCUCAUCAACAGGGUCAACAGCACCUACCUGGUCCGCCAUCGCAGCAGAGAGUACACGGAGUACGCCAUCAGUAUAAAGUACAACAACGACGUGAAGCACAUAAAGAUCCUGACAAAGGACGGCUGCUUCUACAUCGCAGAGAACAAGAAGUUCAGGAGCAUAUUAGAACUGAUUGAGUACUACAAGCACCACUCCUUGAGAGAAGGAUUUAGGAGUCUGGACACCACGCUGAAGUUUCCUUACCAGGAACCGGAGAACGCUGCGAUGCAGCGCCUCAACCGGUCGGGGAGCAACAUGUUCACUCCAAAAGUGAUUGGAGUGGCGAUCGCGCGGUACGACUUCAGCUCUCGAGACACCCGGGAGCUCUCGCUGCAGGAGGGUGACGUGGUGAAGAUCUACACGAAGUCGGGAGCCAACGGCUGGUGGAGGGGCGAGGUCAACGGCAGGGUCGGCUGGUUCCCCUCCACAUACGUAGAGGAGAGUGAGGAGUGAAGGGUUCAAUGUGGGGAGAAGAUAAAGACAAAGGAAGAGCAGCAGCGGUGGAGUAAGCAAACUGUGAGCGUAACAGUGACACACAGACUUCUGCACCGCUGCUCGCCCCGAGUGUUACUUUCCCGAGCGAAGCAGGCGGCUUCGCUCUCCUCCGCGGAGUCCUGUUGCCGACGACCAUCCCAGAGGCCUUUUGGGAGCCAAAAGACGCUCCAGUACGUUGCAGAUGCGAAGAUGCCCCCAUCAAUUCUGGUCGACUCUGUGUGGCUAAGUGACUCCACCAAGUAGCAGCUUGCCUGUCAGCGGGGCACAAGCCCUCGCCAGACAUCCCCUCCUCCCUCCCCAACGUCAUCCCUCCAUCCAUAAUUCACCCUGCACUCCCUUCCUCUCUCUGCACCAGCCCCCCCAACUCCCACCUGUUUCUGCUUGCCAAGUCUGCCGUCGCCAGUCUGUCAAAAAGGAGAUUCUCAAAUGCCACUGUCCAUUCAGGCACUCAGUCACCCAUCCAUCCAUCCAUCCAUCACCCCCCACCCCCCCCCGUGAGAAUAGUCAUCUGAGCUGGAAAAGACCCACACUGUACUGUUCCUUUCAUCCCCAUCCCUCUCUGAAGGGAUUUCAGUUAGUUUUGACCUUGCCUGUGUGUUGCUUCCACUAAUGCGGGUGGUUAUUGAUGACUUGAUGACCCAGAUGCACACACGCCACCCACCUCUCCUCCCCUUCAGAUUAUGAUCGCCUCACACGCGCUCUUACCGGAGAUGGAGGAGAGGGAUGGCGUCGGAUAGCAUCGCUGCACAGUGCCAGCAAUUGAUCGCUGUUGUUCCUAUUUUCCUCCCGCCUCCUACAUUCUUUAUCUUCGGCCCAGCCUCUCAUGUUUUCAGUUGUCUUGGCCGUUAGCGAUCCUCCGCUCUUAUCGGUGGCAGCUCUGUCGACAGGAGCCCAUUCGCCGAGGGUUUAUCUUAUCGGAGGCAUUAGAGGCUUGUCGGGGGAACAAGCCACACUACCUAGAAGCCACCUGUCCCCUUCACAGGAAAAAAAAGAGAAGAAAAGCAGAUGGAAAGUUCUGCUGUGAGUCUUUUACUAUAUCCGUUAUUUUAGCUGGGUUUCUUUUUCCUUUCUUUUUCCUUUCUUUUUCACUCGAGGACAAUUUGUGCAGGAACACUUUAUUCAGGCAAGAAAACAUAAACAUUUUUUUUCCACUGCUCAUAUCUUCCCACUAAGUGUCCUUCCGCUCACCCCCUCUCCUUCCCCUGUGUUUCACCCUCACCCCCUCCUGUAUACGUCAUGCACACUGUCUGCUUAAUCCACGGCGAAAGAGGAUUUGACCACAUUCGAGGGGAAUAAAUACCUUUACAGCAAAACAUGCUGCACAACAUGUUCCCACGCGCCAUCAUAAUGCAGUCACGGGCGGAGGGAGAAGUACAGUCUGGUGUGUACAGAAUCAAAUAGUGUCUGGACGUGAAGCCGAGGAAAAUCCCCGGCGCUCGGCUUUGUGCAGCCAUGUUUUCAUCUCAGCCAGGACGUGUCUUCUGUCUUUCAUAAAGAGAGAGAGAGAGAAAACAAACUACAUGUUUCUCACAUGUUUCAUGAAUGUACAUAUUGAUUAUUUUCUUUAUUUAAUGUGUGUUUGGUGAUUUCUUGUUCACACAAUGAGCAGGAGGCGGGCAAACCCUUCGAUCUUGUCCUUCUUUCUUCUUCGAAGCUGUUCUUUGGCUGUAGUUCUCAUGUCACUCCCUCACUCCUCAAGUACUUUCACAUAUACGCCGAAGCAUUGCAUUCAUUUCAUUUCCGCGCAGGGAAUCUAAUAAUGCAGUGUACAUAAAAUGCGAUAUCUGUCACUGAAACACACAUUGGGGUCUUUUACUAAGAGGCCGCAUUCUCUCGCUGACACCUUAAGUGGAAACAUGUAUCGGACGUUGAACUUUCUAUGUGACCCCGUUGUGGGUCCGGCCUCUGGUAACAGCCCUCAGGGGCAUUGCUUCCAUUCAAAGCUUUCAUGGCAUGUCUUCAUUGUGUCCAUGCCUCUGGGAAUAUAAGUAUGAAUUUAUUGUAAAAGAUAUGCUUUUGUAUACACUUAAUAAUGGAGCCAUUAUGUUUGAAAAUCCAUAAUAACCCCCUGACAGCCCUGCCACUCCAAGCCAUUAUGAUAUGUAUGACAAUGUUUUUUGUUCUCAGUCAUAUUGUUUAAUACGGAAGACAUGUGUCAAAAAGAGUCACAUUAAUGUAUUUCUGCAUUGUGACGUCGUCCCCACUGCUUCUGAAUGAUCAACAGUGUCAUCAAGUGACCACUAGGUGGAAGCAUCCUAAACAUCUCCUCCGCUCCCAAGCCAGUCACCUCCAGCUCGCUUAGGUUAGGAGAUGACAUCAUCUGAUUAGGAGGGGAGCAAUAUUUCAGGAAGCGUUUAGCAUCAAGCCUCAGACUUGCAGCUCGGACUGAGAGGGAACAAAGACGCCUCAUAGACAAAACAAUUCAUUAAAUAGAUGGAAGAAGUUUCUCCAAAGAAGUGAACAGUCAUGGGAAAAAAAUGUCCUUCAAAAUGUCCUGAUAUUCCAGGAAGGAUGAUAUGUCCCCCUCCCCUCCAUGCUUCCCAAAAUGUCUGCAGUCUCCGAGCAGUUACAUCCAUAACAUCUUUAGGAGAUCUGCAGUGAGCGCCACUGCCAUCCAGUCCCUCCCGUCUUGGGAGAACAGGAGAGGCAGAGUAGGCUCUCUCUAAUCCACUCCUGCACUCCUCCUCCGCCCAGAUGAACUCUGACAGCGGGGGCCAUUUACAAGUAGAGGCCUUCCUCCUCUCCGAGUGCGCUUCCAGAUUUCUUCUUUCUUUUUUCUUUUUUUUUGCGCACAGGAGGGACGGGAGGAAGGCUCAAGGGUAUCUGUGAUCUAAUCAUUACACCAUCUCCUCACCCCGACGACCCCGCUGAAUCCAUCUCUUCUGUCGGCUUCUCUCUCUCUCUCCUUGUCACUUCCCUCCUCUCGUUCUCUCUAUCCAUCAUCCAAUCUCUGUCUCCUCUGUUUCUCUCUGUGUUCGGUCCCUCGGCCCGACGCUCCGUACUGCUGUACGUUGGCGGGUGGAGGAGAUAGAAGCAUCCGUAUCAUCAGGAGAGAGGGAGGCGGUCGGAUCCUCCACCAACAACCGCAGCAAAAUUGAGGACCGUUUUAUUUUUUUAUUUUUGCCACACGUUCGUUCGCGUCAAUGCCAAUCCGAGAAUGAAUUAGACGCCGGCUCUCACCACUGUUAUGUCUUCAUAUAACGUGCACUGUGUGCACAGAUCACGUCCACGUGCGGAGGCACACGGCGUGUACGUGAGGAGAAACAUUUCGACAGGAUUUAGCCCAGCAGGGGGGUUUUAAGGAUUCAAUCUUCUUAGCCAACAUAUGGGGGACAAAUGUGAAAUAACCAGAACAGAAACAUAAUACCACCCCAUACAUGAAGAAAAUACGUCUUAUAUUACUUCCUUCUCUCUGGGCUGAAAAAUCCAUCCUUAAUCCAUUGCCAGAUCAUCCACACCUCUCUUGUGUCCCCGCUCCGUGUCCCGUUAUCCCCCUGAAGCCAAAGAUGUACGCUGGACUCACUGUGCGCCCAUGUUGGUUCUCAUCACCACGGUACCCGACCGCUGUGGCCUAACUCUAAAACUGUGCAAUCUCGACUGUGUAGCGUUACCAUGUAUUGUUGCUGUACCAUACUGUAAAAUAUGUACAUAGUACAUAAACAUAAUAAAGAUAUACAUUGCUUCUUCUAA